GACAUUGCCUCUGGACACAGCCGUUCAGUGCGAGUUCUCGUUCCGGAUGCGUCGGGGCGGGCACAAGCGAGCCCGAUGGUGGCGCAGCCAUCCACGGAGAGCGAGGCGUCAACGUCGGUGGUCCAUGGGACGCACAAGAAGUUCUAUACCGUGCCCGAGCCGCAGGAUGAGCAGGCAGAGGAGGGGAACAAGACACGCGCAGCGAAGCAGGUGUUGCUCGUGUUGCUGCCGCCGGACUUGCAGAUCUUGGUGCUGUUCGGGAAGCAUGGGCGCGCAUCGUUCGAGAGCACAAUCACAUCUGCAAAUGUUGGGCCCUCGCACCUUGUUCCGUUGACCAUCCCCGCACUUCCAUCGACAGCAAUCUUGAAGUUCACCUCCCGGAUACCCGCACCCACUCACGUUGAACAGGCCCGCAUUGGUAUUGUAAUGCCCUAA